AUGAAAUAAAAACAAAUAGAAUAUAAAAAAAUAAAAUUACUAGGUGAAGGUUCUUUUGGAAAGGCCUUUUUAGUCCAAAGAACAAUUGACAAUUAAAAUUGUGUAAUUAAAUAAAUAAAUAUAUCCCAUAUGACAGAUUAGGAAAAGUAAAACGCUUAUAAAGAAGCUAGAAUACUCUCUUAAUUAAGCCAUUAAAAUAUAAUAACAUAUCACGAGUCAUAUAAAACAAAGAACGGUAGUUUAUGUAUAGUAAUGGAUUAUGCUGAAUGUGGUGAUAUUUCUUAAAAAAUAAAAGAAGUCAAAAAUAAUAAAUAAAAUAUAAGCGAAAAUCAAAUUUUAGACUAUAUAACAUAAAUAUGUUGUGGUUUAAAUUAUAUUCAUUAAAAAAAUAUAAUACACCGAGAUAUUAAAGCUUAGAAUAUUUUCCUAACCAAAAACUAAAUGAUAAAAAUAGCCGAUUUCGGUAUUUCUAAAGUACUCUCGAAUUCAGAUGAAAAAGCUAAAACAAUUAUCGGUUCUCCAUAUUAUUUAGCCCCAGAACUAAUUGAAAAUCGUCCAUAUACGACUAAAGUAGAUAUAUGGGGUCUAGGAAUACUUAUAUAUGAAUUAUGUGCUUUAAAGCCACCUUUUGAAUCAGAAAAUAUGCAUGCUUUAGUUAUGAAAAUUAUUAGGGGAAAUUAUAAUCCUAUACCUAAUUAGUAUUCGUAAGAAUUAAAGAAAUUACUCGCAGAAAUUUUAAACGUAGAUCCUUUAAAAAGGCCAACUGCUUAAUAAAUAUUAGAAAAAGAUAAUAUUAAAAAUAUAGAUUAAUUUUCUAAUUUUGAUUAAAACUAGAUAAAUAAAGAAUAAAAUAAUAUUAAUUAAUGUAAAAAUAAAGAAUAAAUAAAAAAUAAAAAUAUAAAUGAUAAUGAUAAUACUAAUAAUAAUAAUAAUAAAAAUAAUAAUAAUAAUAAUAAUAAUAAUAAUUAAUAAUAAUAAUAAUAUUAAUAAUAUUAAUAUUAAUAAUUUACCUUAAAAAAGAGUUGGAA